UCUACAAAUUUGUUUUUAUGUUGUAAUUUGGAUUGAUGACGAUUGGAGCUAAAUUUUUAAGUCGAUAAAUUCGGUGCUAUUUUUUUAUACUAAGCAACAAGGGUAUUGCAAAUAUAAAACAAUAAUCAAGAGCCAUAAGGUAACAAGUGUUUUAGUGUUGUAAAUUUAAAUGGCAAGGGAUUUAUGUACGGCAAGCGGGUUUCAAUAGUUGCUUAGUGAGGCAAUAGUUUUUUUUGUGAUGGGUGCUUGAAGAUUAUAUUCAGAUAUGCUAUGCAUUAAGUAGAAACUAAGUUUGAAUAAGCGCCUACACAAGCAGAUUACAUAAAUCAUGUCUUCACUUGCGGCGCUUAAAAGGUUAAGACUGAUACACUUAUGCAUUGCCAUCACUUUCUUUAUAUCUGGUCUGGUGAUAAAUCUGCUGCAGUUAAUAUUGCAUGUGGGCUUGAAACCUUUCAAUGUCGUGCUAUUCAGACGCAUCAUGUAUUACCUCUGCUAUUCGCUGAACUCCCAGCUACUCUUUGUUGCCGAAUGGUAUUCGAAUAGUAAAUUAGAUAUUUACAUGGAUCCAGAUGACUUUAAGAAGUAUAGUGGGAAGGAGCAUACCAUGCUUAUAAUGAAUCAUACAUAUGAAAUUGACUGGCUGGCCGGUUGGAUGUUUUCAGAAAAGAAUGGUGUUUUGGGCAACUGCAAGGCUUAUGCCAAGAAAGCCAUUGCAUAUGUGCCUGCAAUUGGUUGGGCUUGGUAUUUCGCGGAAUUUGUCUUUUUGGAGCGUUCAUUCGACAAGGAUAAAGAGAUAAUUGCACGCCAGCUGAAAGAAGUGUUUGCCUAUCCAGAUCCCGUGUGGUUGCUGUUGAAUGCUGAGGGCACUAGAUUUACGCAGAAGAAGCACGAAGCUUCUGUUAAGUUCGCGCAAGAGCGUGGCAUGCCUUUGUUGAAACACCACUUAAUACCGCGCACAAAGGGUUUCACUGCAAGCUUGCCUACCUUACGUGGUCGUUGUCCAGCUAUUUAUGACAUUAAUUUGGCCUUCAAAAAGGAUGCAAAGAAUCCACCGACUAUUUCCUCUCUACUAAACGGACUGCCGGUAGAAGCUUACAUAUUCAUACGUCGCAUUCCACUUGAGGAUGUACCUGAAAAUGAGGUGGAGGCUGCUGAGUGGCUUCAAAACUUGUUCCGCGAGAAAGAUCGCAUUAUCGAUAGCUUCCACACAACAGGCAGCUUCUUUGAAACGUCUGGCUUUAAGGAAGUUCCUGUUAUGCGCUUUAAAUAUCGCCCAUAUAAUAUGUUGAAUUUCAUUCUUUGGGCAGUAUUCUCGAUAUCGUUAAUACUGUACUAUUUAGUAUCUUCAUUUUUGUCACAAAACUGGAUUGGGCUUUCGAUUGCUGUCGGCAUACUUUUGGCAAUCUACAUACUUAUGGUGAAAUCCAUUAAUAUGUCAAAAAUCAGCAAAGCGUCAUCAUAUGGUUCCGAAGCACAAACACAUCCAAAGUCCAAUUAACUCAAAUGUCGAACAAGCACUCGCGUGCACACUCAUCCGAGCAAACAUUAUUUACAAAUUUUAUCAAAAUGCACAAACGUACACAAAAUGAAACGUACAACCGAUAAGAUUCUAAGAUUGUAACCUUUAUAUAGGCGUAUGUAUUUUUACAAUAUCAUGUUCAUUGAAAGAACUGAAUUGUUACUAUUUAAGUGAAUAAAACCGAGCAAAGUUCAGAUGUAUUUAAAAAAUGCUAGCAAAUUUAUGUGCAUAUAUUAUAUAAGAAUAUACAUACAAGAUGUCUGUGAACUAUAGCAACGUAAGUGGAGGACCCAUUAGAAUUUACUUAAAUACCUUACAUUAAUAUUUAUGUGACCUUUUAAAUAGUAACUACAUUAGAAUAUUUCUGACUAUGAUGAAAUAGGAAAAAAGGCAGUUGACUAUAUAAGUUGAAAUAAGAUUUACUAUAAAACCGAAAGGAAUGUCUUCGAAUUUCUUAAACGUUUACCGCUUCGUAUAUUGAAGCAGAAAAUUCCUAGAAGCACAAUACAACCACCUACUACAAUUUAAGUGUUUUACGGCUGUAAACCACCUAUUGAAUAUGGUAAUAAGAAAACUUCCAAUAAAAAUAGUUAAUUAUUGAGUUAAGUUGUUUGAAAGAGGUAAUGGAAGUUAGUGUAAAGAGGCUAGCUGAAAAGUAAAUCAAUUUGAAUUUGAUAAAUAUGUAAAUAAAAAUAUAUUUCAUACAGAUAA